UUACCGUCUAUUUGAAUUCCCUCAACUUAUUUGCUUCUCCAUACACACCUUUCAUUUUGUUACUAGUUCUUCUGGGGCCCGCCCAUUCACCUCCUACCUCCCCCAUGACUAGUGCACUAUUUUGGAUUUUUAUUACAUGAGUCAUUUGAGGCCUGGAUGUUUACCCUAGUCUUCCUUUAAUCCCCAUUGGUAUUUAAGGACAAACGAAAGGAAAGGACAAGGAGAAAAUCAACCACCAGUCAUAGAAGGGUUGGAAUUUACAUGAAGAGGAGAAAGCGGUGCUGCUUUCAAGCCUGAACAUUUUCUGUCUUCCUCCUUCUGGCCGUCACUCUCUGCCUCUUCAGAUUGGUGCUCAUCCCCUCUCACCUUGCCAACAUGCUAUGUUGGGGGAAUGCAAAGGAUGGACAGUUGGGUAUUGGUGUGGAGAGGAACCCCAUGUUUGAACCAAGGAACUGUCAUGUGUUCAGUGGCAGGGGACUGAAAGAGGUAGCCUGUGGAGGGCAACACUCAAUGUUCCUGCUGGAUGAUGGUAGUGUGUACACAUGUGGUUCUAACAGCUGUGGACAGCUGGGCCACGACAAACCAGGGACUUCCCCAGAGCUAGUAGGAGCUCUGGAUACUCAGACGAUCACAAUGGUGUCGUGUGGUCGGGCCCAUUCUCUGGCGGUGAAUGAGCAGGGUCAAGUGUUUGCCUGGGGAGCUGGUGAAGGGGGCCAGCUCGGCCUGGGGACUGCAGAGGCGGCUAUUCGAAUCCCAAGGUUGGUCAAAAGACUGUGUGACCACCGGAUCUCUCAAGUAAUGUGUGGGAAUCAGCACUGCAUUGCACUUUCUAGAGAUGGUCAGCUGUUCACCUGGGGCCAGAACACCAGUGGUCAGCUUGGUCUGGGGAAAGGGGAGCCCAGCAAGCUGUUCCCUCAUCCCCUCAAGUCUCUGGCAGGAAUUCCUCUGGCACAGAUAACCGCCGGGGGAGACCACAGUUUCGCUCUCUCCUUGUCCGGAGCAGUAUUUGGUUGGGGCAAGAACAAAGCUGGGCAACUGGGUCUCAAUGAUAAACAAGACCGUGCUGUCCCGUGCCACAUCAAAUUUUUGAGAUCUCAAAAAGUUGUUCACAUCAGCUGUGGAGAUGAACAUACGGCAGCCCUCACAAAGGAUGGCGGCUUGUUUACAUUUGGUGAUGGCUCGUGGGGUCAGCUGGGUCAUGGCUCCACCAAUAAUGAACUUUUACCCAGACGAGUGCUGGAGCUUAUGGGCACUGAGGUGUCCCAGAUCACCUGUGGCAGGCAUCACACAUUGGCGUUUGUGCCUUCCUCUGGUUUGGUGUAUGCGUUUGGUUGUAACAGCCAUGGCCAGCUGGGCACAGGAAUACUGGGAGAUGCCAGAAGCCCAUUUCCUGUCAAGGCCAGUUUCCUGGCUGGAAAUUUCCAUAGAACAGGAUCAAAACAACAUACAGUGACCAAAAUCAUCUGUGGAGGAGACCAUAGUUUCUUAGUGUACUCGAAUGAACAGAGUUUUGUCCCCCCAGAAGACUUCAGAGUGAUUAAUAUCAGUAAAUCAAUCUCCCCAAUCAAUUAUGAAAGAUUAAAUUCAUGGAGGUUAAAGCUGAUGUACAGCACAGAUUCUAGUGUCACAAAUGACAUCAUAAUUCAACUCUCCUCUACGGCUUGUUGGAACGCCAGCUUCUUGGACCAAAGUGAUGAUACCCAUUUCAAAACCAACCCAAAGAUCCCAGGCAUCGAUCUCAACUCUGUCAGAAUGCUAUUUGAGACGCUCAGCAAACCGGCCUUCUCUGGACUUCUGGAGCAGGCCAGCAAGAGUUUUGAGACUCUGUUGAUCCCUCAGCUGCCGCGCUCCCCUCCUGACGUUGAGGCCAUGAGGAUCUACCUCAUCUUGUCUGAGUACCCGGCCCUGCUGGACUCCAAGAACUACAUCCGCCUCACUAUCCCCCUGGCAAUGGCCAUCCUCCGGCUAGACGCCAACCCCAGCAAAGUAUUGGAUAACUGGUGGUGUUUUGUGGACGGCAGUGUGUUCACCAGAAUGGUCGACAUGUACAAAAGCAUUGUUGUGUUUAUGCUAACGGGAGGCAAGACGCUGCUAAUACCAGUGUUCUAUGAGAACUAUUUUGUUGCCACACUGAGGCUGCUGGAAAAACUCCACAAGGUAAACUUAAAGGCCCGCCAUGUGGAGUACAAUCGCUUUUAUAUCCCUGACAUCACCAGCCUGGUGGAUAUCCAGGAAGACUACCUCAAAUGGUUUCUGAGUAAAGCUGAGAUUAAAGUGGGAUCAUCCUCCCCUUCGCAGAGUGACUUUCCCUCAGUGAACCUAUGUGCCUACCCGUUCAUACUGAACGCUCAAGCCAAGACAACCAUGCUGCAAACAGACGCUGAACUGCAAAUGCAGAUGGCAGUAAGCGGUGCAAACCUACACAAUGUCUUUAUGCUGCUCACGCUGGAACCCCACCUUGCUAGGAACCCUUACUUGGUGCUCCACGUGCGCAGGAGCCAUUUAGUAAGUGACACGCUGCGUGAGCUCACCAUGUACUCUGAUGUGGACCUCAAGAAACCGCUCAAGGUGAUCUUUGAUGGAGAGGAGGCAGUAGAUGCAGGUGGAGUAACGAAAGAGUUCUUCCUGCUGCUGUUAAAGGAGCUGAUGGAUCCUGUAUAUGGGAUGUUCACUCAUUACAAAGAGUCUAACUUGCUGUGGUUCUCAGACAAAUGUUUUGUUGAGCAGAACUGGUUUCACUUGAUCGGGAUCAUCUGCGGUCUGGCCAUCUACAACUCCACAGUGGUGGACCUCCACUUCCCUCUGGUUCUCUACAAGAAGCUGCUUGAUGUCUCACCGACGCUGGAGGACUUCAAGGAGCUCUCACCCACCGAAGCCAGGAGUCUACAACAACUUCUAGACUAUGAAGGAGGUGAUGUGGAGGAGACGUUUCUUCUCAACUUUGCUAUUACGAGGGAGAACUACGGGAUGACAGAAGUCAAGGAGCUCAUUCCUGGAGGAGAGAGCGUCAGUGUGGACAAAAACAACAGGAAGGAAUUUGUGGAGGCCUACCUGCGCUACGUGUUCUCAGACUCGGUGAGCGAGCAGUACUCGGCCUUCUCCUCCGGCUUCCUGAAGGUGUGCGGGGGGGAGAUCCUGUCGCUGUUCCAGCCCUCUGAGCUGAUGGCCAUGGUGGUCGGCAACAAUAACUACAACUGGGAGGAGAUGGAGAAGAAUGCCGUAUACAAAGGGGAAUAUACAGCCACUCAUCCAACAGUCAGAUUGUUCUGGGAGGUUUUCCACGAAUUCCCUCUGGAAAAGAAGAAGCAGUUCUUAUGUUGUUCCUGCAUGAGAAUAUACUGCAAUAUAGUGUCUGCACAGACUCUGCCUCAACUAAAGCCUGAACAUGUUGACAAUUAUCUCAAGAGCCUUGUGCAUCGCUGCAACUGUGGAUUCACGCCAGUGUUCCUGACCGGCAGCGACCGUAUCCCCAUCCACGGCAUGGAGAGCCUGCGUAUCGUCAUCCAGUCCACCACAGCGGAGGAGCACUACCUGCCCGUGGCCCACACCUGCUACAACCUGCUGGACAUGCCCCGCUACCAGACCAAAGAGAUCCUGCGCCGGCGCCUCACUCAGGCUGUGGAGCAGUACGAGGGCUUCAGCCUGGUCUGACGAGGGGAGAUCUGCAGCAGUUUUAAUGCACUUUAACAGCAAUAGGCCUACACCACCAUUUCAGUGUCAAACGAGUGUAAUGGGAGACUUCGGGACACAGGAAGGUCGCUCUCUUUAUAUGCUCUUACAAGAUUGUUAAGCAUCUUGAAUCUGAAAGGUCUAUCUAGGUAAAUGCAGAGUAUUAUUGUUUUUAUUGCUUCGGGCAAAGUUUCUCAACCUUUUAGGGCCAUUUGGAAGAUAUUUUAAAGGCUGAUGUGUGGUUAUUUAUUUGAAAUGUAUCACAGUCCUGAAAAAAAAAAAAUUUUGGGACCUAAAAUUAAAGUCCAGAGAAGGUUGAGAAACUCUGGUCUGGUGUUUGCUAGUUUUAUUUUUGUCUUUUUUAAAUUCUAUUUUUCAAUUUUAAAGAAUUAUGUUAUUACCUUGAGACAAUAUAUCUGCUUUUUGUUACUUUUAAUUUAUUGAAUAGAGUGGUUAUUUUUUGACAAAAUAAAAAUGUGUAUAUAUGUAUGUAAAUAGCACUUUGAAUAUAAUCUUUACCCUUGACAUUGGGAGGAGUGCUCGUCCCUAAAUCUGGACACCAGCAUGUCCUCUCUGCCUGAAACUAAAGCAGGACAAUGGAAGAGUAUCCGACGGGCAGGAGGGUGCAGGAUAAGACGCGGUGAAUAUUAUUUGCAAUCCCUCAUUACUUUUUAGCUGUGGAUCACAGAGCAGCUGACUUUGUCUUGAACCUGCAUUCAACAGUGUUGCCUUCUACAGCAAAACCUACACGAAGAGCUGAAGUAGAUUUUUAGUGGUGGUUGUCUGUGUGCAUGUUGUUGAGUGAAAGCAAAAAACCUGACUAUCAUUGAAAAUGUUUGACAUUUUGGGUAUUACGCUUAUUAGCUUUCUGGCGGAGAGUUAGAUGAGAAGAUUGAUACCAUUUUCAUAUUUAUCCGUUAAAUGUAAGGUGGCAACUAGCAGGUUGUCGGUUAUCUUAGCUUAGCACGGGGGGGGGGGGGGUGAAACGGCUAGCUUGGCUCUGUCCAAUGGUAACAAACCCCAACUACCGGCACCACUAAAGCUCAGUAAUUAACACGUUGUAUAUCGAUUGUUUAAUCCAUUUUAAAAAGCGUAAAAACGAUAAUUCGACAUUUUACAGGUCGUUACGUGUCCAACUAUUUCUUGGCUGGAACCGGUGUUACGCCGAAUUCUGUGACCCAUCAGAUUCUGUGACAUGAUUAGGAAAGGAAUUUCAGCUAGGCUUAUUUUGCCGCCUCAAACGUUUAUUAGUAAUUUAUUAUACUUUAUUUAUGCCUUAUUUUGAUAGUUGUUACCUAACACGUUGCCACCAUAGUAUUUAGAUACGGUCAAACAAUCAUUUUGAUAGAGGUCACAGUCUGAUGGGUCACAAUACAGCGUAACACCUCUAACUCGCUGGAGUCUCCGUUGGUUGCCUGGCAACUGCUCAGAGCCAGGAAAUAGCCGGCUAACAAACCCCCGCGUAAAACGGCAAAUUGUCGUUUUUACACUGGUUUUUGUACGGAUUAAACAAAUUAGAGUUAACCGGCUGCUAGCUGUCUAUUUAAUGAGCUAAGCUAACUCCCAACCAGAAAGCGAAUAAACGUAUGUCCCAAAAUGUUUUUUAAAACUAAAUAUAUAAUUAUUAAAAUUAGUAAUUGUAAUUAGCUUGUUUCCAGAUAAUUAAAUUGUGACAUUUGUGGCAGGACGAACCAAUAAGUGCACAGUUAACAGUGUGGGCAGGCGACCUAUUAAAUACUCUAAUACAACAAAAUCACUUGUUCCAAAACUUGCCCUGAUACUGUGUUUAUUCCUACAAUCAAACCUCUUAAUCCGCAAUGAUGUUUAAUUAGGUCGUGCAUUGGCGUAAAGUGUGUGAAAUGGUCUAUAUAUUGCUCAAGAGUCUAUACUUGCUCAAGUGUCCUUGAGCAAGAUAUUAAUUCCUGAUGGCCAGGCCAACACCUUGCAUGGCGUCUGUCAACUUCAGACUUCAAGUAGAUGACUUGAUGUGUCCUGACUAGCAGGUCACACUGACACAUCCAUUUAGCAAUAACAACCUGAAACAGCCCAGUAAUGUAGUGAUAACUCUGGGUUAUUCUUCUAAAGGUCUUACACACUGGACUCUUCUAUGUCUCUUAGGACAGUUCAUCCUCUUGAUUAGCUCUAUACUGCAUGCACACACAUGUUCUACACUCUGUCAAUAUUUGUCUAAUUAAAGCUGAUUUCUCCUGCAGAGUUUAGUCCUAUGCAAAGGUUUGUGCAGCCCUCGACUUUUUUGCACCUUUUAAUGUGCUACAGAAAAUGUGAUUUUUGCAUAUUUGUCUGAAAUCUAUACAAAGCUCUCUGCUCCAGCCAACUUUUUAAAUAAAACAAUACAGUGCAAAAGCA